AAAAAAUAAAAAGUCCAUAGUUAAGGGACGCAGGGAAGAAAAAACCUUAAAAAUUGGCCAAAAAAAAAACUAAAACAGGCAGAAGUCGCCCUACUGAAAUAUUAUCAUUCAUAAAGCAUCAUAUCCGCCAGUUGAUUACGGUGAAAAGUGGAUUCAAUUGUUGUUGUGGCGUGUGUCCUGAUCGGUGUUCAUAUUACGACUAGCUCUAUCAAUUGCCUGUGAGAAGUUGGAGUCUGUUGACUAGAAAAAAUAAGUUUAGGUAUUACCCACAGUUUUUUCAGAAGCAAUCAUGAGUUCUUCCUUUUCGGAUAUUCCAAGUAUACAAAUACCUAGGAAAGGGUCCAGAAGUGGUGCUGACGAGCCGGGAGACUCCGGACAAGACCAAUUGAGAAAAGGCUCGUUGAAUCCAGGUUUUAUUCAAUCGUUUUCCAAUACUAAUAACUUUGAUUUUGGUGGAAGAAGUUACGUGGGGAUGACUCAACGUUCGGUGAGUAUCUCCAACCUAAACCCACCGGUGGUGUAUUCGGGUCCUGACGUUCAUGAGCAGACUGCCAAUUUGGCCAAUAUCGGGGUCACCGAUGAUGAUCAUAUUGGCGAUGAUGACGCGGACGAAUUGGUGGAUAUUCACUCGGGGUUCGACUACGAUUAUGCGUCGUCGUUUCCUUCUCCUGCUAAUCCAUCGGAAGCCGACGCUUCUAAUCAAAUUGAUAUCGAAACUCCUUUACUUACUUCUAGUUCUCCCCAAAAAUCCUAUGUAGACGAACAGUUACCUGAUUUGGAAUCAGGGGUCUCCCGGGAUGCUUCCAACUCGUCGAGAUUGGUUCAGCUUGUAUUGACUCCUUUCAACUAUCUCCCAGCGGUUUUCUUGGGGACAUUGCUCAAUAUUUUGGAUGGGUUAUCCUACGGGAUGAUUAUGUUUCCUAUAAGUGAAGGGAUCUUUGCAUCUUUGGGACCUGCAGGUCUCUCAAUGUUCUACAUGUCUUGUAUUAUAUCUCAGUUGGUUUAUUCUUUUGGUGGAUCUGCUUUUAAACUGGGGAUUGGAUCGGAAAUGAUUGAAGUUACUCCAUUUUUCCACUCAAUGGCCUUAUCAAUCAUGAAUGAUAUGCAAGGUGCUUCCUCCGAUGCUAUCAUUGCCACUACCAUUGUUAGUUAUGCAUUCUCUUCAAUUGUCACUGGUUUGGUAUUUUUCAUUUUGGGUAAAUGCAAAUUAGGAAGUCUCGUUGGAUUCUUUCCUCGUCAUAUUUUGGUGGGUUGUAUUGGUGGAGUUGGUUACUUUUUAAUUGUAACUGGGAUUGAAGUAAGUUCUCGUUUGGAAGGUGGAUUGUUUUAUAAUUGGCCAACUUUAUCUUAUUUAAUCAAGAUUGAUGUUUUCUUACAAUGGUUCACCCCUUUAUUAUUGGCCAUCCUUCUCGUUUUCUUACAACAUAAAAUUCAUAACUCUUUAUUGGUUCCUCUUUAUUUCAUUGCCGUUUUCGUUAUAUUCCACGCAAUCAUUGCCUUGAUUCCUAAUUUAUCAUUGGAUUCAGCUAGAAAGUCGGGUUGGUUAUUCCCAGCAGUUGAAGAUAAUCAACCUUGGUAUGCUUUUUAUAAAUUAUAUAAAUUUCAAUUAGUUGAUUGGUGGGCAGUCCUCAGUAGAUUUCCUACCAUGUUGGCAUUAACAUUUUUCGGAAUCUUACAUGUGCCAAUUAAUGUUCCUGCUUUAGCAGUCUCGGUUGGAAUGGAUCAAUUUGACGUGGAUCGUGAAUUAGUUGCUCAUGGUUACUCAAAUGCAUUAUCCGGGUUGGUUGGAUCUAUUCAAAAUUAUUUGGUUUAUACCAAUUCAGUAUUAUUUAUUCGUGCUGGUGCUGAUGAUAGGUUGGCUGGUAUCCUUUUGGCUGUAGGGACGGGUGCUAUUAUGAUGGCUGGGCCGGUUGUGAUAGGUUAUAUUCCAAUCUGUGUCGUUGGUGCCUUGAUUUUCUUAUUAGGUUAUGAAUUAUUAAAAGAAUCAGUUUAUGACACUUGGGGAAAAUUACGUAAGAUUGAGUAUAGUACAAUCAUCAUUAUUGUUGUGGUUAUGGGAGUCUGGGAUUUUGUUUAUGGAAUCUUGGUAGGUAUCUUGUUGGCAUGUCUUUCAUUUGUCGUUGAAGCAGCCCGUAGAUCCGUAGUAAGAGGAAUUUACACUGGGACUGUUGCUAGAUCAACUGUUUUAAGACAUCCAAAACAACAAGAAUUUUUAAAAGAUGUUGGAGACCAAAUCGUUGUUAUAAAAUUACAAGGAACGGUGUUUUUCGGAUCUAUUGGAGGCGUUGAAACUGCGAUUAGAAAAAGAUUUGAUGACGAUAAAUUCAAAAAGGAUCCAAUUAAAUUUUUAAUCAUUGAUAUGAAGGGAGUUUCAUCGAUUGAUUUUUCUGCAGCUGAAGGUUUUAGAAGAAUUUUGAAUUUGACUAAUGAAUUUGGAACUCAGUUAGUGAUAUCGUCUGUGGUUGAUGAUGAUGAUAUCGUGAUUGCUUUAAGAGAUGCAGGUUUAUGGGAUACUAAUAAUGAAUUGGAUAUUCAGUUAUUCAAUACUUUAAAUUAUGCAUUGGAGUGGUGUGAAAAUUGUUUCUUGAAAACUUAUAAACGAGUUAAAAGAGGCGAACGUAGAAUCAAUAUCAACACCAAUAAUAGACAAAUGUCACCAUCUUUAGGUCAACCACUGUUUUAUGAUAAUAGUCCCGUUCCAAUUGGCAAUACUCCUGGUAGUUCAGGAUCUAAUCGAUACUCAAUAAGUCAAGCAUUAGAUGGAACUUUUGGUACUCCUCGUACUACAAAACUUUAUCAAGCAGCCACGAAGACUGCUAAAGACGAACAAUCGAUUCAAAACAAGUAUUAUAGAUCUACUGACUCGGCUUUCAAAAAACAACCUCUACCAUUAUUAAUGAUUACUUUCAACGGACUUUCGGAUAAAGACGAAGAGUUCUGGUCAAAAUUGACCCCGUUCUUAAUCAAAGAAACCAUUCCAACCGGUAUCACUUUCUACGAUACAUCAUAUAAUGCACCAUCCUUUUUCAUCAUUGAAUCUGGUUUAAUCAGAUCAAUAGUUCGAUUUGAAAGUGACGAACGAGAAUUACAUUCCAGCAUACUACCAAAUACCGCAUUCGGAGACCUAAAUGAAAAAUCGAAAUUGGGCCAAAACUUCAGAGACAUGACCUACACUACCGUCACCGACACCGUGGCCUGGAGGUUAUCUGAAAGCAAAGUCACCGAAUUAUUGACCUCUUCCGAUGGAAUAAUCAUUUACAACGAAUUGCUCCAAGUCCAAGCCAGACUCAUCAAAGAAAGAUUCGAUACAAUGACUGCAAACUUGGUUCUUUCUGCAUGAUACUAUUUAUUCAAUUCUUCUUUCCCUUCAACUCUUUAUACAUCAUCUUCAUUAAACAUUUUAUAGUUCUUUUCAUUCAACUCUUUUUAAUAGAUAAAAAUCAGUUUUUGC